UAAACCCACCUUUUAUGUCCCCGAUGCCGUACCCUAAAAGUCUUCGCGAUCGCUGGCCAUCGGCCUCCUUUCCGCAGCGACCUCCUCAAAGAAACCCUAACACCAGGAUCGGAGAUAUUUGCGAGUCCUUCGCCAUGGGCUCCAGGAUGCAAGAGCACGACGGUGCGAGUCCCGCGAAGAUCUUUGUCGGAGGGCUUCCGAAGGAUACGACGCUUGAAACGUUUGUGAAGCACUUUGAGAUAUAUGGAGAGAUAGUAGAUUCGGUGAUAAUGAAAGAUCGUAUUACAAACAAGCCAAGAGGCUUUGGGUUUAUCACCUAUAAAGAUGCUUCUGUUGUUGACAGAGUUAUUGAUGACACACAUGUCUUCAGUGGAAAAACGGUGGAAAUAAAAAGAACUAUUCCAAAAGGUGCUGCUCCUUUGAAGGAUUUUAAGACAAGGAAAAUAUUUGUUGGUGGAAUACCAACAACUCUUUCAGAAGAUGAAUUCAAGAACUUCUUUUCUGAGUUUGGGAGGGUGGAGGAUCAUGAAAUUAUUCGUGACCAUACAACCAACAGAUCUCGUGGAUUUGGCUUUAUACUCUUUGAGAAGGAAAAAGAUGUAGAUGACUUAUUGGCGAAAAAGGGAAAUAUGAUUGAUCUAGCUGGUACAAAGGUGGAAAUUAAGAAGGCUGAACCAAGGAAACCUUCCAAUGCCCCAUCUUCUGCUUUUGACGGUGAACCUAGGGCUCGUCAUUUUGGGGAUAGUGUUGGCAGAUAUGGUGGUUCAUAUGGUGGCUUUGGUAGUGCUGGUGGUUAUGGCCCAUCAUCCUACCGGACACCAGGAAGUUUUGGUCCUCGACCCGGAGGCUAUGGUGGUUAUGGGAAUGUUGCUGGUGAUUAUGGUGGUGGAUAUGCUGGUUAUGCUGGUGGCUUAGGAGACUACCGUGCAGAAUCGUCACUUGGUUAUUCUAGUCGUUUUGGCUCAUAUGGUGGAGGAUUUGGUGGUGGAUAUGAGGGUGGUUACGGUGGCUUUGGCCGUGAAGCAGGGGGCUACGGUGGUUCUAGCUAUGGAGGUGGUUAUGAUUCCCCAGCUGGUUAUAGCUCAGGACUCUAUGGCAGUAGAGGUGCCUAUAGUGGUGGUGGUGGUGGUGGUGCUGGCCGAUACCACCCAUAUGGGAGAUAGGAUGGCAUGAUGCUAUUCAGCUUGGUUCUAUGUCAUCAGAUCAGCUAGUACUAGAUUCGGGGGAGUAUAGACAUCCUAGUACAACUGAGAAUGCGCCUCAAGGGUUGAGUUCAUGUUGGGUGAUGUGUGGACUUUUGUCAGGAACCUGUAACAUUAAAUGUUUUGCACUUAAAUAUGAUUGUUAUUUAAAUUUUUUUGACUGUAAUCCAUAUCACCGUGGCAUCAUUACGAAUGAUCCUUAGGUUAUUGUCGUGAGAGGCCUGUCAAAAGCAUCAUUUUCUAGUUUAAUUAA